AUGGAUUUAGGAUUAGAAGUGGAAAACCUGGAGAAGCUGGAUCCUGCCAAUACUGGUCGUGUGGGUGCUCUUGAGGCAGCAAAUUUCCUUAAGAAAUCAAAACUGAAUGCCAAUAUUCUAGGGAAGAUCUGGGACUUGGCUGAUGAAGGUGCAAAGGGCUACCUAGACAAGGCUGGGUUCUUUAUGGCUCUCAAACUCAUUUCCCUUCAUCAAAAUGGAAGAGAAAUUGCAAUAUCCAAUGCACUCCUGGACACUCCUCCGCCUGAUAUGGGAGAAACACCAGCUCCAGCAAUAAGUAUGAUGAUGAACUCUAGCACUCCAUGGAUCAUUCGUCCCAGUGAGAAAACCAAAUAUGACCAACUUUUUGACUCACUGUCGCCAGUCGACAACAAAAUACCUGGGGCAAAGGUGAAGCCCAUUAUGGUGAACUCCAAACUCCCUGUUGAUCUUCUUGGAAAGAUCUGGGAGCUCUCAGAUAUUGACAAAGAUGGGUUCCUGGAUAGGCAUGAAUUCCAUAUUGCAAUGCAUCUAGUCUACAAAGCAUUGGAAGGUGUGAAAGUUCCAUCCUCACUGCCAAUGGAAUUGAUGAAUGAGAAGACAGCACCAGGGAGACCUAAUCGGCUGCCACCUGGGGCUGUCCAGGUUCUCCCCCCCACCCCAUCUUUUUCCUCAGUAUCCAAUCCAGUCAUCCCUGUUUCUUUUUCUCCACCCUUGUCUUCUUCAUCCUCAGCUAUUACCCAACCUCAUCUUCCCACAUCUGUUGCACCUGACCUCCUGUCUGGAUUGAAUGCAGUGCCAACUUCAGAAUCUGCCUGGGUUGUGACCAAGGAAGAAAGAGAACGUUACAGUGUGCUGUUCAAGGCCAGUGACACAGACAAGGAUGGCUUUGUCUCUGGACAGGAGAUCAAAGGUGUCUUCCUUCAGUCUGGUGUCCCACAGAACAUCCUUGCUCAUAUCUGGAACCUCUGUGACAUGGAUGAGAUUGGAAAGCUAUCAGAGGAUCAGUUUGCAUUGGCAAUGUGGUUGGUGAAUCGACAACUGACUGGGACUCCACCACCAGCCACUCUCUCUGCAGAAAUGAUCCCUCCUUCAUGUCGUAGCAAAUCAAGUGAUUCCUCUCAUCUCCCUGAAGUGACCCAGUAUACAAAUCCAGAGCUGGCCAUGCUUAGCAAAGAGAUUGAAGAAUUGGCCUCAGAGAAGAUUCAACUGGAAUCAAGUGUGAUGGAGAAAGAAGCAGAACUUAGAUCCAGGGAAAUGGAAAUUCAUGCUCUCCAAGGGGAACUGGAAACAUUGUCUUUGACAUUGAAGCAGCUGGAAAGUCAGAAGGAAGCUGCCCAGAAGAAAUUGGAUGACUUAGACUCCCAGAGGACUUCAGUUGAAAGCAGCCUGUCUGAACUCAAGCGUCAAAUCGAGAUGGAGAACCUGCAGGUGAUGAAACUUAGAGAGCAGGCAGAAACCCAAGAGAAGUCCCUGCUUGAGCAGGAAAAGGAGCUGAAAGGAAAGAAAGCAGAGUUGGAUGCUGUGAAUGAGGAGGGACGACGACUUGAGGACACCAUUUCCUCCUGCAAGAACCAGCUUGAGGCGAUCACCAAGGAGAUGACCGACAUUGACGUCUUCCUCUCUCAGGGGAGGGAGAAUAUUGAUACAUUGGAAACAGAGAAAAGAGAGAUGGAAGAAGCUGUGGCAGCAUAUGAUAGCGUGAUUGAGGGCAAUGAAGAUGCCUUGUCAGUCCCAGAUACUCUUCUCAGGGAUAUUCCUCUGCCUGAUUCCCUGAAUGUCACCUCACAUGUCAAUCAUGCUCCCUCAUCUCCUCCUUCCACAACCUUCUCACAGCAGGAUGAUCCAUUUCAGACAAGAGAUCCAUUCAGCCAGACCAAUGGAUUCGGAGAUCCCUUCAGUGGUGAAGACCCCUUCAAAGGAGAUCCAUUUGCUGGGAGUGAUCCAUUUGCAUCUGCCUUUCCUACAGCUGAUACUGGGAGAAAGGAUGCCUUUGCUAUGGGAGGUGGCAGUUCAUUUGAUCCCUUUGGUGCCCACGCUACACCCUCGGAGGUGGAUGGUGGAUUUGGUGGGGAUCCAUUUGCUCCUAGGACAAGCGAGAAUAGAGGAGCCCCACCUCCCCGACCAGAGAGUCCCAUCCCGGCACUGCCCCCCAAGAAGUCGAAUCCCCCACCCCCAAGACCUGCCCCACCCAAACACACAGCUCCACCUGCCAAACCCCCUCCUCCUAGACAAGUUGUAGCAUCCAAGGAGGACCCAUUUGACUCCUCUGAUCCCUUUGCCCCUUCCAAGUCUGGCUCCUCAGCAUCCGAUCAGUUUGCUGACUUUGCCGGCUUCGAUAAGUUCUUCGACAGUGGGAGCGGGACCGGUAGUGGAAGCGACGUGUGGCGAGUCGGCUUCUCGACCGCCAACGACCCGUGGAAUGCCACGGGUGGAGGAUCCCCAUGGGACAAGACCAGGCUGUCACCCCUCGGUGCCUCGGAAUCGGAAUCUGAGCUCGCCUGGAACCAUGCUUCUGGUAAAGAUAAGGACAGGGCGAAGGGGAAGGGGAAAGUGAAGGUGAAAGAUAAGGACCGGGGAUUGCCAUCGGAAGACGAACAGAUGGCCUGGGCUUUGGCCGACAGCCUCCGACUCGCCAAGCAGUCUCCCAAUCCGUCGUUCUUCUCGUGACGUACUCGCAGACCCACUUCGAUCCUGAGUUUCUCCAACCGCCUCGUUGAUUGCGAUGGAUUUGCACCGUGAAUCUGCGCAAAGUCGGUCCACGCAAGCCGUGACUUCUGAACUUACCUCCAAAGACGCUAUCCACUCAUGAGGGCAAUAUAAUUCUCACGACCUGUCUGCUGUGCCGUGGAUGUUGUUAUUGUUUCUGCUGUUGUUUCACUUCUUUUCUCUCUCAUCUAGUCACGUCCAUGCUUGCUCUGUCUCUCCCUCUCUUCUCUUUUGCAGCAGUGUGAUUCGUAAUCGAGGACAUUCCCAGGUUAUUGUGACCGUAAGAGAGCGUGGAUGAAUGACGUCUUAGACCUCUGAGUAGUUGCUCAUAAUGUUGAGUCGCAAUUCCACUGACUCUUCCGUUUCAAAUCUCCUUAUCCUCUGCAAGUGAUUAUAUAUGAUAUGUAUAUGAUAUAUGCUACAUUAAUGCUGCUUCAUGUACAGUGUUGAAUCUGGAACAAGAGAAGAAGUUGGAAGGA